GGCGGCGGGGGCUGGCAGGACCGGGCUGGCAGGUUCGCCCAUCGCCAGGUCGAUUUCCCUCGACGCUUUCUGCAUCAUCUCCGCCUCGAAGAAGCGGCGCGGGUUCCCUCGAGAUCAGUUCGCAAAACAUCCCGCGCCUGUCGCGCUCCAAGCGUCUGGGCGCACCGCCGGAGGCGCGCGGAGGUCCUUUGGCGUCUCCAAAGUCCUGGCUGCGCGUCAGCACCGAGAUUUGGGGAGGGGGCGAGGAAAGAAGGGAGGGCUUCUUCAUCGCAGGGCAACAGCCGGGGCCAUUUUGGAGUAGUGGUAAUGGACUCUGGAUUUUCUUUGCCAAAGGCCCGAUUUAAUUGAGAGGGGGAAAUGGGAGUGUUGCUAUGGAUUCGCCCGCCCAGGGCCCUUGAUUGGCAUCGUCAAGCCGCACCAGGAGUUUGCUGGUAUCGAAGGGGAUGCAGAGUCGGGAGCAGGGGGCUGUAAGGAAGGUGGGUUAAUUUGGGGCUGAGCGAAGAGAAAAGAGGAGGCAGACUAGGCAUUAGUUAAGGACUAACUCUGAGGCAGCAGGUUGAGGGGGAAGCGGAAUGGAUUUGAAGGGGAAGGUAGGAGGUGUGUUGAUGCUAAGCGUGAGGCAUGAAUUAACAAAGUCCUCUGUAGGGCUUGAAGAAGAGGCUGGACUAAGACAUUUUGGUGCACCCUAGAGACUCACAGGUAUGCUCCAAGACCCCUUGGUACGUCCCAGAUGAUGUUGAAAAAUAACUUUGACUCCAGUCAGUUUCACUAGGAUCUGCAAAACUGCCCUCUCCCCCCCCUCCCCAUUGCUUGCUUUUGAGUUUUAGAUUGACAUCCUGGAAUGCCAGGCAUGUGCAGUGGGGAAGCGAUAGCUUGGAAAAGGGGAAACAGUCAGAAGUCCCCUAAUUUGAUUUAUUCACUGUCUUUUUAUGCUACACCUUUUCAUUUAUAUAGAGCAACGUUACAAUGCUUUCAGAAAAAAAAGAAACAACUGGUGGUAUAUUUUGACUGUUUUGCUUCAUUUGGAAGUUACUAAUGGCAACUAAAUCUAUAUCCAUCAAUGAAUGGUUAUUUAUAUGUGAUAAAUUGUGAAGGCAUUGUCAAUACAGGGCAUAGCAAAUGACGAAUUACAUAUCACUAAGCCAAAAUCUAACAAGCAUUGUUGGGACCCAACAUAAUGUGUAAAUGUAGCCAUUCAGUGGUGGAAUGUUGGUAACAAAUCAAGGGUCGUGUUUUGGAGAAAGUCACAGUUCUGCUAGGAACUGUGUUCCUUUUCACCUCUUUUGAGCAUAGUAGUAACCAUGCAUCAGAGAGAAAUGGAUCCCAGUCAAGUGACUGAUUGCCAAUAGAUUGGGAGUAGCAGGUUCAUGCAGAAAUACACUUCUGAGAUUUUAUGGUGCUAUAAAGAUUUGCGUACAGUAGUAUAUUUUCCUUGGUGUUUAGAUUACUUCUAUACAUUAAUGUAUAACAACAUUUUACAACCACCCCCCAUAUAGUAGCCCAGUACUGUAUUAACUACCGAUUAGAACUAACCAAAAUAUGUUGUGAGUUAUGAAAGGGGAUGUGGAAAUGGGUCACAGUUUAUUUAGUACAGUAUAUGGAUGAUUUAAGAAUAAUGGGGAAUGGGAUGCAGCAGCCUUUCCCAACCUGAUGCCUUCAAGAUGUGCUGGAUGACAACUCCCUGAGUAUACAUCAUAGGGACACAUCCAACACAUCUGGAAGGCAUCAGGCUGGGGAAGGCUGAAAUACAGUGCAGAGUCUGUGUAAAAUAAACCUAAACCAGUUUAAGAUUAGUGGGGCAGGAGAAGGACAGGAGCGGGAUGUAAGAAUGGAAGUAUAAUUGAAAGCAUGCUAUCGAUUAUAGAAACUGAUGGUUGGAUUAGGACAUGGCAGAACUUCCAUGCAAGUAAAAAAAUGUGGAAGUGUUAGAAUGUCAGGUUCUUGGGCCUUUAGGAUUUCACGUCCUGAUCCUGCUAUCUCUCGUAUAGAGUAAGUAAUACCUGAGAAGUUUGUUGACAGGGUCACGACUGGGUUGGUUCACAUGUUGUGCUAAGCUGUCUGGGUUUGAUUUAUUGCAAGAUAUGCACCCUGAUGAUUGUGGCUCAUUCAAGAGACCAACAAUCAUGGCAUAGCUUAGCACAGUAGGGGAACCCUGUCAAUGGUAGGGAAAUGAGUAAUGCUAAAGUUUAAUGUUUUUGUGCAAAGGAAGAAAGGGGGUGGAGAAAGAGACCUUAAGUGUCUGCCUCCAUUGGAUUCUUCCCUUUCACCACAAGACAUCUAUCACAACACAACCCUCUGAGAAUAACUCAAAUAGGAGUACCUAUUUCAACAAUUCUGCCCUCUCUAGGUCCAUCUGUCACCAGCUAUUCUGUUGGAAUGAUCGUGAUACCUUGUUGUAUAUUGAUGUUGUUCCUUCAAGGGGAGAUUCAAAAAUACGUUUUUUUACUUCUCAGUCACCUGGAAAGAAUUUGUAUCUAGAAAGGUAGGAUAUAAAUAUCUGUAAUUCGUAAAUACAUAUUGUAUUGGGGUGGUAGGUGCUGACAGGUACAGGCAGAUGGACCAGCUUUCUAGAGAUGUUUCUGGUUCCUGGAAUGGAACCAGAAAACGUGCCUGCAGAUUACAAUGAUUAAAAAUAAAAUCAGCUUCACCCUCCUUGCAUUCCUCUGUAUGAAAUACCUUGGCAGGGAGCCAGUUGUAGUUAUGUGAGAUUUCCACAAUAAGGCAUUUAUUUUUUUUUCCUGCCCAGUUCUCUCUGUUAAAAAGAGUAGAGAUUCAGCAAUAGAUGAACCAUUGUUUAGAUCAACCUUCCCCAACUUGCUGUUCUUCAGAGGCACUCCCAUAAUUAUGGUAGUUGAAUAAAACCCACCUGGAGUGCACCAGACUGGGAAAGUCUGGUUUAUAGGGUUCCAUUUAUUUUUGGCAAAGAAGAGGAGGGGUGUGGGUGUAAGAUAUGAAUAACAAAUUAUUUUGGGAGAAGGAAGACAGUUGAUCAGUCAGUUAUUGAUUGAUUCAGAUUGAAGGGCUAAAUAAAAAAUUGAUGUUCAGCCUGGUAAGGCACAGUUUUAAAAAGAGCAAAGGAAAUGGUUUGUUUCAUUGUGAAAUUUAAUCUCCGGGGACUUCAGUCUUAAAGGAGUCGAAGCAACAUGCACAGGUUUAUUGUGAGUGAUGCAAAAUUGGCCUCUGUGAUUGAGACUGAGAGGACUAUGUAAACAUUUAUAUUGGCAAUAGCACAAUGGGUAGGUAAUUAUAUGGCAUUACAUUGUUCUGUCCUCAGGACAAGCAAGUGAAGUUUUAUGCCAACCUCCAGCCAUUAUUUUUUAAAUGCCUGGUUGGCAAACUAUUUCUAUAUUGUUGCCAAGACAACAACAUGGAUAUGACCAUUGGGUUCUUGGUGUUCUCUGAGCUUGGUUGCUUUUCUGCAGACAUUUUGUUCCAGGCCAGGUAACUUCCUCAGUGCAUGCCAACAGUCCAACCCUAAGCUACAUAAAUUUUCUACAGUACUAUUGGAUGUGUCCAUGUGGUCACCAGAAAUCAAGCCCUUUAUUAUCUUUUCUGCAGGAAAGUCAGGUUUCCAGCCCUAAUUAAUUUUAUUUUUUUUGUUGCGAGGCCGAAUUAAUUUUUGUUCCCUCUUUCUUUCUUAAAGGUAUAUUUGCUAUCCCUCUUUCCUCCACCCCUGCCCCCCAGGAAAGGUUCAUUUGACUCAGCUACCCACUUUGAAUUAAAUCAUAUUAUAUUUCAGGAAACUUGGAAGAGGUUCACUCCGACAACAUUACAAGUGGAGAGGGAGGCAUUGAACUGAUCUUUGAUUGUGUUUUGUUUUCAAAAUAUUCGUAGUCUUUCAUCACUUAAGGCUUUAAAAUCAAGAGACAAAUUCCAUGCGUGAAUGAGCCAUUACAGAAGAAAUGCCAUCUUUCAUGGAAUAGUCAAUUGCUUCAGACAUCACUAAUUUUUAAACACUACCUUUGGGCGUAAGUAAAUUCCUGUACUAAAAAGCUCGUGGAAGCAGAGUCAUAGUUCCUAUAUAGUUAUUUUGAAAGAUGUUGCCAUCCACCUGACAUAGACUAUAUCAGUUUCUGGGAAUUGUUCUCCAAACUUACUAAAUUUCUCUUUUGCCUUCAGUCAGGUGUUUGAAGUUAUUUCCAGGAAGCAAGUAGCUGUGUGAAGGAUUUUGGAUCUCCAACUAUUACCCUGGCUCAGGUUGGAAAUAUCCAUCUCACUCGGGGAGGGAGGACGAUGAAUGAAAGUAACCACCACCAGCGAGCAAGUGUAGGUAGGGGUCGUCGUGGAGCUGGAGCAAAGCAAGUGAAAGAGAAUAAUGAAACUUAUGAACUAUCCAUACCUUUGGAUGAACCAUGCCAAAUGGAGUCUCAGACGCAAACUCACCAACAGUUAUAUUAUGGUCUGAGCGCCCCAGAAAAUUUUGAUGAAGUUCCCGAGAUGCCAUCUCCUUCAUUGACCCUGGUGACCAAUAUGAGGACCCAGUUACAUAUGGCAUUGGAAAGGAACUCUUGGUUGCAGAAGCGAAUUGAGGACCUGGAAGAAGAACGAGAUUUCUUGCGCUGCCAGCUGGACAAAUUCAUCUCUUCAGCCCGCCUGGACGCUGAUGAUCACUGUUGCAACAAGCAGCUCCCACGGAGAUCUGAGGUGUCAGAGAGCCGAAAUGGGGACGUGACUGAUGAUGACAGCAUGGGCUCCUGGUUGAGCACCAGCCCUGAAGAAGGAGGUUCUGUGGAACACAAGAAACCCAAAGCAGGAGUGAACCGGCGACGCUUUGCCAAGCCUAAAGUCCGGGAGAGGCAGAGAGUCAAAGAUGUGGAUGGAGUGCUCUGCCGGUAUAAGAAGAUCCUCUACACUUUUCAGAAGCUGCAAAGCAUGAGUCGGGCCUUUGAACAUCACCGGGUGGACCGUAACACUGUGGCUUUGACCACACCCAUAGCAGAGCUCCUUAUUGUUGCUCCUGAAAAAUUGGCUGAAGUGGGUGAGUUUGACCCAUCUAAGGAACGUCUGCUUGAAUAUUCCCGACGAUGUUUUAUGGCACUGGAUGAUGAGACACUCAAGAAAGUCCAGGCCCUCAAGAAAAGCAAGCUUCUACUGCCCAUCACCUACCGCUUCAAGCGGAAAACAGACUCUCCUGGCUCAGCAGCUGGCAAUUCUGUCCCCUCUCCUGCGACACCACCCAAGCAACUUCUGCCAAUUGCUGAAUGCUACAAACGAUGAAUCCUCUCAUGGAGCUGCUGCUGGAAGCUACUUUGCCAGCCCUUUGACCUCUCUUUCUCUGUACCUCCUCCUGCCCCAUCCAGUAUUCGCCAAACUCCCACAGUGUUCCCUUGGUUUUUUUAUCCCUGUACACAGCCACCUUCCACCUUUUCCUAGGUUUAAAUACUGAAUGAAACCACUGUUUUCACAGGAAGAGCCAGUGUAUCUUUAUAUAAAGGGCCCAGGAGUGCUCGCUUCCUUAGGAUCAUUACUUGAUUAUAGACUUGUCCAUCUGUGCUUCCCCCUUUAAAGGCUUCCCCACAGCUACUGGGUUGCUUUCAUUCUCCCUCCUUCCAUCUGAGUGCUGGUAAUAUGGUCAGAGGAGAAACAAUGGCAAAGGAGGAGUUAGUGGACAUAAUAUGCCCCAUCCCACAAUAAAUAGUAUCAUGGAUAGAUUGCUUGUGACUGUUGCAGAGGUAAGUUGGAACAGCUAACGAUGUUACUGAUGGUAACUAUAGCCUUGCACAUAAGAUAUAAGCCCACACAUUUUCUUUAAUAAACUCUUGUGCAUAUUAGUCAUUUGGGGUACAUCAAAAGACUGAAAUAACAAGAUAGCAAUUACAAGUUUGCAAAAAUAUCCCCAUGAGCAUGAAUAACAGUAGGUUAAGUAACAGUAACUUAAGUGGGGGGGGGGAGUUUGCCUCUAAGUUAGGGCCAAAUCACCCUAACCAACAGAGAAGUCACUCACUCUGCCACCUCAUUUCUCCACCCUUUCUAACCUGGAGGAGGGAAGGUGAAGUUGCAUGAUGCACUUCUGUAGCUUUACCUCUCAUUGCUUGAAAACCUUUUAUGUGUUUUCUGAGCUAUUAGCAGGUGCUACUGGUACUGUAUCAAUUCCCUCUCUUGCUGCUAUUGCAGUUGCCAUUACUUCAUUUUCACUACAGGUAGUCCCCGGGUUAAGAAUGCCUGGGUUACAGAUGACCCAUAGUUAA